CUCGGUCUUCGUCCGUCUUCCCAUCAUGCUCUCCUCAUCACUCGGCCUCCUACUUCUUCUGCCAUAUGUCGUCUCAGCUAGCGGCAUCCACAAGCUCAAACUCAAGAAGCUGCCCCAGGUAGCGAGCAACCAACAUCUCGAGAGUGCUUAUCUCGCCGAGAAGUAUGGCGCACAAGCCCCAGCUCAGAUGCCUCUCGCUGGCUCUGCCGACGCCGCUGGUCGUAUGCGCUUCUCGCGCCCAGGACAGAGCGACGAUGAUCUCUUCUGGACCCAAGAGGAGUCGAUCAUUGCUAACGGCGGUCAUGGCGUGCCUCUCACCAACUUCAUGAACGCCCAGUACUACACCGAGAUUGACAUCGGUACUCCUCCUCAGACUUUCAAGGUCAUCUUGGACACCGGUUCAAGCAAUCUAUGGGUGCCAAGCAGCCAGUGCACUUCCAUCGCCUGCUUCCUCCACACAAAGUAUGACUCGUCCGCCUCGUCCUCAUACAAGGCAAAUGGCACCGAGUUUUCCAUCCAGUACGGCUCAGGCUCGAUGGAAGGCUUUGUUUCGAAUGACGACAUCGUUUUCGGUGACAUGUCCUUGUCCAGCGUCGACUUCGCUGAGGCCACCAAGGAGCCUGGUCUUGCUUUUGCCUUCGGCAAGUUCGAUGGUAUCCUCGGUCUUGCUUACGACACUAUCGCCGUGAACCACAUCACCCCUGUGUUCUACGAGUUGGUCAACCAGGGUAUCAUCUCCGAGCCGGUGUUCUCCUUCCGUUUGGGCUCGUCUGAGGACGACGGCGGUGAGGCUAUCUUCGGUGGUAUUGACCCCAGCGCCUAUUCCGGCAAGAUCGACUACGCCCCUGUUCGUCGCAAGGCUUACUGGGAGGUUGAGCUUGAGAAGGUUUCGUUUGGUGACGAUGACCUGGAGCUUGAGAACACCGGUGCUGCCAUCGACACUGGUACCUCCCUGAUUGCCCUUCCCACCGACGUUGCGGAGAUGCUGAACACGCAAAUCGGUGCCAAGAAGUCGUGGAACGGCCAGUACACCGUCGACUGCGCCAAGGUUCCUGAUCUCCCCGACCUUACCUUCUACUUCAACGAGAAGCCCUACCCGUUGAAGGGCACGGACUACGUCCUCGAGGUCCAGGGCACGUGUAUCUCUGCCUUCACUGGCCUCGAUAUCAACCUUCCCGGCGGUUCGCUCUGGAUUAUUGGUGAUGUCUUCCUCCGCCGCUACUUCACCGUAUACGACCUUGGCAGGGACGCCGUUGGCUUCGCCACGUCUGCGUAGAUUGGCCAAUAACACCCUCUCGGCCCCCGUAUCUGCACUUCCACCUCGCCCUCCCUGCUGCCUGCGACAUUGUUGGGAUUCGGCUUGCUCAUGUGUUCCGAUGGACUGGAUUGAUGAUGUUUAUGUACGAUAGGAGUUCAUGACUUUAUAAUAUUCGAUAGCCUUAGCCUGGCUUCUUUGAAAUUACACUCGAGAAAGAAAGUAGAUAAUCCCGAAUAAAAUUGCAGCAUAC